AUGGCUAUACGGUUGUUUGGUCGUGCACAUUUCGUAGACCUCGAAGAAGAUGGUAAUGCAGUAACAAGCCGUCAGAAUACAUCCUCUGUUGUAGUUGGGAUCACAGCUGACAAUUAUUCCGUUUGUAUUAUUGAUGAGGACGAGAGUGAAUUAUGGAGGUGGCCUAUUUCAAUGCUGAAUGUAUUUCGAAUAAGCAACAUGAUGUUAGGUUUCCUGGAUCGAGAAAAUGAUAUGAAAAUUGGAAAAGUAUCCGAAUUUUUGACGGCUUUCAAAAUGUGCCAGUCGCUAAAACCUUUGCGACCAUCAUCGCCGAUAAACGAUAAUGAAAAGGUGUCAGUAUUUGAUGCCCGAACCGAGUAUGCAUCGGCUACGCAGUACUUCCAGUUCUACGGAUAUUUAUCGCAGCAGCAGAACAUGAUGCAAGAUUAUGUACGGACAUCAACAUAUCAACGAGCCAUUCAUAUAAAUGCAAAAGAUUUCAUUGAUAAGGUGGUAUUAGAUGUGGGAGCAGGAAGCGGCAUUCUUUCAUUCUUUGCAAUACAAUCUGGAGCCCGUCAUGUCUAUGCUGUGGAAGCAAGUUCAAUGGCAGUACAUUGUGAAGAACUUGUACGACGUAAUAACUUACUCCAUAAGAUAACAAUUAUUGCUGGGCGAGUAGAAGACAUCACAUUACCGGAACCUAUAGAUAUUAUUAUAUCAGAACCAAUGGGAUACAUGCUUGUAAACGAACGAAUGCUUGAAAGUUAUAUUCAUGCAAGAAAAUUCCUUAAACCAGGGGGCAGAAUGUUUCCAUCUCGUGGAGAAUUACACAUUGCUUUGUUCAACGAUGAAGCUCUUUACAUUGAGCAAUCAUCAAAAGCAAAUUUUUGGUGUCAAGAAAGUUUUCAUGGUGUCAAUUUAUCCAGUCUGCGACCUCAGGCACUUGCUGAAAUAUUCAAACAACCAGUUGUGGACACGUGGCACGUAAACUGUUUAAUGUCUGGAAGUAUUAAAUGGACCAUAGAUUUCGAAAAGGAUCCUGAGUCAUUACUGCAUAAAAUCCAUAUACCGUUUGAUUUCCAAGUGACGAAAGCUGGACAUGUUCACGGCAUUGCAUCUUGGUUUGAUGUCGCUUUUAUUGGCUCAACAGAAACAGUUUGGUUGUCUACUGCACCAACAGAACCUUUGACGCAUUGGUAUCAGGUUCGAUGUCUUUUUGACAGACCUUUGAUGGUUUAUGCUGGCCAGAUUGUUCGAGGUGCUAUUAAAAUGGUUGCUAAUGAGAGACAAAGCUAUGAUGUUGAAAUAUCGGCAGAACUGGGGCAAACUCGAGUUAGCAAUACGUUGGAUUUAAAAAAUCCAUUGUUUCGAUAUACGGGCACAGCAGUACUUCCUCCUGCUGGUUGCGCUAAUGAUUCUCCAUCUGACGCUUUAUUGCAGAAUAAUGGGUUGCUAUCGAACUUAGCGACAGGUCAGAUGGAUUAUGCUGUGCAUAACAUGAUCAAUGGUUUUGCUGGUGGUUACUGUGGCACCCACACAAAUACAACCAAUCCUGGAGCACCUGUUGCUGAAACACCUUUAGCUGUUGCUGCGCAGAUGGUCCAUACACAGGAUGUGAACCGCGAUAUUUUUCGGAUACUCACUCAGUCACAUUCUCAAAUCAUGCAAGGUCAGAAUGUUAUGCAAGCAGGGCAGUGA